CUCCGCUUUACGGCUGCUGAAAACCGCCCUGGGCGGGCCGGGCCGGGCCGUGCGGCGCCGGGCACCGCGCAGGGCAGCGCAGAUCUCGUCUGGACUUUGGAAAUAACUUUGGUUCUUGGAUUCCUUCUGUUGUCCUGGGAUGGUUAUAGUGCAUUUUGCUGCUUGUAAGCAUUUCAAAAGGGAAUUAGUGUAGAGGCCAGAUUGAAAAUAUGCCUUCGUGACAAAGUCUCUACAAAGCUGAUCCCAUCUUGGCUUUAAGAUAAAAAGAUGGCCUAUCACAAAGUGAACGCAGACCAGAGAGCACAGGGACACUCUCCAUACCUUGACAAUGAUGAGCUCCAAGCCACAGCAUUGGAACUGGAAUGGGACAUGGAAAAAGAGCUGGAGGAGCCUGGCUUUGACCAUUUCCGACUGGAUGGUGCAGCCCAGCGUCACCUGGGGAACUCACAGAGCCCUGACCUUGACCUGGAGCCCAUCCAGCCUUCCUCUUCUCCAAAGGGAAGAUUCCAGAGGCUUCAGGAAGACCCUGACUACAUCUCCCACUACACGAGACAGGCACCAAAGAGCAACCGCUGCAGCUUUUUUCGGAUACUGAAAGUAUUUUGCACUGCUUUGAUUUUAUUUAUUUUUGGAAUUGUGAUAGGAUAUUAUGCACGCAAGAAAUGCCCUUCUCCCCCAACACCUCAAGAACCAAAUAAUCCUCAUAUCUACCAUGAAAUUCUCAAGGAAAUCAAAGCUGAAAAUAUUCAACAGAUUUACAGAGAUUUGUUACAGUUCCCCAGAGAAGAUGAUGCAGACAUUGCAGUGAAAAUCCUGGGUCAGUGGCGUUCCCAAGGCCUGGAAGAUGUCGGGCUGGUAAAUUACUCUGUUCUGCUUGACCUGCCCGGCCCUUCUUCAAACACAGUAACUCUGCAAAACAGCGGGGAAUGCUUUUAUCCAAGUGGACAACAGUGCAGCAGAGACCCCAAAACACUUGACAGCCAAGACCUCCUGUACUCAUACGCAGCUUAUUCUGCCAAAGGAACUCUUGAGGCAGAGCUUGUUGAUGUCCAGUAUGGGACCAUGGAAGACCUGAUCCAGAUUCAAGCCAUCACAAAUGUGACCAAAAAAAUUGCACUUUUGAAGCUCGGACAAUCACCUUUGCUUUACAAGCUUUCUCUGCUGGAAGAUGCAGGGUUUGGUGGUGUUCUCCUUUACACUGAUCCUUGUGACUUACCAAAGACUGCAGACCUUGCUGAUAAAGCUUUUAUGGUCUCCUUGAACAGCAGAGGAGAUCCAUCCACACCUGGUUAUGCCAGUAUUGAUGGAAGCUACAGGCAAAAUCGACUGAACCUCACAACACUUUUGGUACAACCAAUUUCUGCAGUGCUUGCCAGAAAACUUGUUUCCCCACCUGAGGACACUGCCCAGAAAGACAGGUGUACUCCCCUCCAGCUGCCAGCUACAGGCAAAAAAACAAUCAGUCUGAACAUUCAGUCAGUCACAACUUACAAGACCAUUUCUAAUGUCAUUGGAUAUUUAAAAGGAGCUGUAUUUCCUGACAGAUACGUCGUCGUUGGAAGCCAUCACAGCAGUCUGAAGGGUUAUGGUGGGCAAGGAUGGGCCAGCAGCACUGCUGUCAUCACAGCACUGCUCCAAGCCCUGAUGGCAGAGGUGAAAAGGGGCUGGAGGCCUGACCGGACCGUGGUCUUCUGCUCGUGGGGAGGAACAGCCUUUGGGAACAUCGGCUCCUACGAGUGGGCCGAGGAUCUCAAGAACGUUCUUCAAAGAAAUGUUGUGGCCUACGUUAGCCUCCAUAAUCCAGUCACAGGCAACUCAACUUUACACCCUGUUGCAUCCCCUUCUCUUCAGCAGCUGGCAGCAGAGAGCCAGGGCUUCAACUGUGUGGAAAAGACUAGAUGUCCAGGAUCCAAUGUGAGUUCUGUGCAGAUACAGGGAGAUUCGGAUUAUUUCAUCAACCAUCUCGGAGUACCUGCCACGCAGUUUUCCUAUGAGGACAUCAAAGCAUCAGAGAAUUCCAGCUUUCUCUCCGAAGCUCUUUUUCCUGUGCAUGCAACAAAAACUGAAGAGCUGGAUCCCUCCUUCAGCCUGCACGAGACCAUUGCAAAGCUAACAGGACAAGUGACUUUGCAAAUUGCCACUGAUCCAGUUUUGCCGUUUAAUGCCCUCGACAUCGCGUUAGAAGUUCAGAACAAUCUGAAAGGUGAUGAAGCAGGCAUUCCUCAGCUGCUGGCAGUGGCAUCACGUCUGAGGGACACGGCGGAGCUGUUCCAGUCGGAUGAGAUGCGUCCAGCCAAUGACCCCAAGGAACGAGCUCCUGUCAGAGUCAGGAUGCUCAAUGAUGUGCUACAAGGCUUGGAGAAAAGCUUCUUGGUUCAUCGAGCUCCUCCAGGACUUUACAGAAAUAUUCUUUACAGACUGGAUGACAGGACCAGCCAGUUUUCAGUACUGCUGGAGGCACUGGAGCACUGCAAACUACAUCAGUCAAACGAGACCAUUCAAGCAGCCUUGUCAGAGGUUCUGAACAGCAUCAAUUCAGCUCAGGUUUAUUUCAAAGCAGGACUUGAUGUGUUUGAGACCACCUUAGCUGGAAAGAAAUGAGAGGAUUCUCUGUGUUCCAAGACAUUUGUUUACAACUUGCUAAACAAAAGUUCAACUUGGACCAGAAUUGCUCUGAGGAUCAAAGUUUUUCUUCAGCUGGCGCUUAAAGGUACUGCAACACGUGGUUUAAGAAAUGUAAAACAGUAUUUUGCACUGUUCACAGUAUGUCUCAAAUGUCUGUUCCUGAAUGUAUAAAACAUAAAGAGAGGGAGUAACACUUCAGAGAUGAUUUUUGGAAGGACAUCUGCUGUAUUUUUGUAUGUAGAAUACAUUUUUAUGACUAAGAGCUCAAUCUUGCAAAGUACCAGGCACGUCCUGCGAUGUGCUGAAGCCCUGGUUCUGAGACACCCCAGAUGUGCACCCAGGGGAGAUUUCCAUUUCCUCUGUCAGAAAAAUCUGACUCAAGUUUCCUAAGGUCUUCAGCAAGCUCAUCUUCUUCCUUACUCCGUUCAGAGUAAGUAGUUGAAGGAUGUGGUAUUUCCAUGGGUAUCCAGCACCGGAGUGGAAAUGCACAAAACACCUUUACUCCUGUGGAACAAUAAAUACCUCAGUUCUGAGAAUACAGAUAAACUUUGAUUAUUCCAUUUCUGUAUGAAAAUAAAGAGUUGUUUUCUCUAAUGUUUCUUGGAGAGGAAAUUUUUGUGAUGAUUUCAGAUUAUUUGAAGUGUAUGAAUCAGUAGUUACACUUGCACAAAAAUGCUUUGAAUAUUUAUGUUAAAUAAAAGAAUUGCCUAGUCUUACAAGGCUACAAGCCUUACAAACUUUCAUCAAACAUUCCUGAAACAUCCCACUUCAUGGUCUCUAAAUUUCCAGAGAGCUGUAAAUAAAAACAAGACCUCCAAAUCCUGGGAAAAUUUUUGGGAUUCCAUCACUCUUUGCCACACCACCCACUAUUCCAGGCUGGCUCAUUCCAUCAGGCCUGGCAUGUAGGACCUGGAUUGUUGUCAAAAAACCACAAGGAAGACAUAAAUCCAUUCCCUGCUGUAGAACCAGGAAUUCAAGUGUGCAGGCACAAGCUGGUGAGGCAUAUUGCAGGGCUAAAACUCAAAUCUGUUUUCCAUUGGUGGAAGGUUCUAAUCACACCAUUGCCUGUUAGCCAAAGUAAUCUGUGAGUGAAAGGAUCAGGAGGUUCAGUGUCCUCUGAGGGGAUGCUAUAUAUGUUUGAGAACUGCAGGUCUUAGUAAUAGAAACAGUUAAAAUUGUUAAGCCCUUUUUGGGUUUUACAGUCUCAAAUGAUUCUAAGUUUAGAGCUUAAAUAAUUAAUUUUAUAUAGAUACUUAGGAUUUAAAUAUAAUUUAUUUGAUGGAAAUGUUAAAUGCAUUGUUACCCUGUUUGCCAUGGAAACAUUACAGGAUCAUUUCAGGUUGUAAUAAAAAUGGAAAAAGUCUCUGUAUUAAUGUUUAAAAAUUGCCUUCAGGAAAAUUUCUGAGUGCACAAUUUGGUGAAAAACUUUUUAAACUUCACAUAGCAAGAAAUGAGUUGUUUACAGAUCUGGGUUUCUGUUUCCAAAGUCCUUGGCAAAGGGGCCUCUCCAAGCAAUGGCCCAGGACUGUGUACAUACAACACAUGGUGUUGCUACAUUUCUUCAUAAGUUAUGACUGAAUAGUGGGCAAAAGCCCCCCGGGCCUGACCAGAGGCAGAGCUGUGCAUUUGUACAGCAGCCUCUGCAGUGGGAAUUUGUUCAGCACCAGUCAGUGGGACUGCAUGGACUCAGACAUUAUUAUCUCUAGCUUUCCUUGGCAUAUGAUUAGCAAAAGUUGAUGAUGAUUCCUUUGCUAAUGCUGGCACCAGUUCUGUUUAGUGCAGAGAGAAUUUGACUUGUGGAGAGUAACAUUGUUUAUGAUGUUGGUUCAUCCCCUUGUUUUCAUAGUUUUAAUUAUGGUAAGAUUUAAGUGGUUGAAUUGUAUGUUUAUUUUGGGGACUUGGGGAUGUACUGUGGAUGCUACACUUGAAUUAUAUUUGUAACAGGGACCACUCUUCUAACAGUUCAUUUAGUGACAUAUUUUCUUUAGAGUGCUGUGAUUCGAUGGUGUUAAAUGAUGGUCAGGUGCCAUUAGGAGACCAAAAAUAGAGAUUAACAUCUUCUUUAACUCUACCAGGUGAAUUUAAUAAUGGCUUCCUCAUCCUUAGAAUGUUCCACCAAACCCAUCUCUAAUGCAACCAAAGUGUACUCAGCAAAGUCAGUGAAAUCUGGUGGGAGCAAUAUCCCUCAUGUAUGAUUUCUCAACCCUGUAAUCCCUAACUAAAAUACUUAUCUUGUUUUCUCACUAAUGCCCUUCUGUAACCACUUUUAAAAUAGCAGACUUUAAAGUACUCCACUAGAAAGUCACUGCUAUUGUAAAUGUCUGUCUAUUCUAGGACAAUCAGAUGUUCUUGUUGGUGAGAUGAAUCAGAUGAGCUAUUUAGGGACUUAAAUGCAUUGAUUUCAAUGUCAUCUCACACUUGCAGAUCUUUUGUAGGCUUUUAUUUCAAUGUUCAGAUCUUACAUGUAAGUGAGUGCUCAGUGAUAAUAUUUGUACCAUUAUGGCUUUCAAAAAAAAAGCACUUUUGAGCCACAUCCUUCCAUUGAUUUUUAAAUCCUACCUAUUGACUUCAAAAAAUUUAUAGCAAGUUAAGGUCCUAAGUACCUGAUGUGCUUCUAACAUAGGGUUUUUGCCCAACCAGCUGUGGAACAUCAGCUAAAGGAAGGAGUUAGUAAAUCAGAACAGCUUACCCAGACUGAGUUCAUUCCUAUGUUGUACUGGAAUAAACAGAGUGCCCUUAAAGGCAGAAGUACGUUUGCAAAUUGCCUGAAUGAUACUAAAAAUGUGUUAGCUUUCCAGAAACAUCAAUUGCAAGAGACACUAUAACAAAUGCAUUGAUUGCUACUUAAUCUAGAGUCAUGCUCACAGUGACCAGAAAAUCCCUGCAGCCUGCAAUAUUUGUAUGUCGAGACAGUUGAUAAUAAAAAGCCAAUAAAGUUUUAUUAGUAUGUAUUUUAAAGAGUCCAUAAAAAAGCUAAAGUACAAUCAAGUCAGAUGAAUAAAAAGUACAUGGGAGCUGGGUUUUGAGUACUAACCUUAAAAAAGGCAGUGAAUUGUUUUUAUCAUCCAAGAAAAAAGAGUACCUGUGUGAAUAUGCAAACACACAAAUGCCUUGUAUUUUCAAUAUUAAUUUACUUGCAGUGAUAUGAUACAUCUACAUAAACAUAGGUGUAAAUAAUGACUACAUGAGAAAAUUAGCAAACCCUUUGCACUACCUCACUUACCUUUUAGGAAAAUAUUUCAGUCUAGAGAUGUGAAAAGAGGCACUGCAGCUGACCUCAGUUCUUGCAGCUGCAGGGGGAAAGGUUAAAUCUCAGGUAUUACAGAAGGAACAACUGGAGGUUCCAACCUCCCUGUUCAAGCAGGGUCACCUAAAAACAGCCUCCCCGGGGCAGCUGUGUUCAGAUUACUUUUGAGUACCUUCCAGGGAUAAAGAUUCCACAGCCUGUCUGGGCAAUCUGUGCCAGUGCAUGGUUACCCUCACGGAGAACGUGUUUCAUUCUUCUGUAGAAACAGUUCCUCCAACUUUCUCCCUGUAUUUCUAAGUUGUUAAGUCAUUGUAAUUAGUUCAAUUGCAAACAUUCAAAAGGUAACCAUAAUUUCAUUUAGUGAAAACUCUCAGCCAAGGUCUCUAGGAUUUCACAGUUACAUGUUGGAAAGUUUGUAUGAGAUUUGUCCUUCAAGCCAUGGAGUUUAAGUCAUAGAAACUAAUGUCCUUAUCUUUUGAGGUCUUUUGUACAGUCCCUGGUCCCCAAUCCUGGGAUUUCUCUGUACUUCAGGAGGCUGAUGGAGAACAAGAGAUGCAUUAGAAAAUGCAGGGAGGGAAAUCACUCAUCAGCACGUGUAGCUGUGUGCUAUAAAUGCAUCUACUUUACCCAGACUUUGGGGGCUCAGUAUGGCUUGUGUUGAGUGGAAAGAAAAGUAAGAUAAUUCUAUGGCUCGUUCUGGCUUUAAAAGAGUCAAAUGCUGUAAGCAAUGUUAUGUCUGGUCUGUGUUUUCCAAGGAGCAGUGAAGAUCUCCCUGCCAGGCCCUGUGCUGGGAGCUGUUAUCUGUGCCACUCAGAAGUGGGCACCUCUGGCAUCGUGGUGUGCUUUGUCGCUAUCUCAGGAAACAAGCACAGUGUGGAAGAUGUUCCUUCCCUUUGGCACUCUGUAACAUUUUAGCAGUGUCACACCAGUCCCAGAAAAGUGAGUGAUAGAAACAAAUCUCAUUUUAAAUGCCUUGGACCUGAGUUUGGGAAAGAGUUAGCCUUGUACAGCACUCUUGGUGUUCAAAACAAAGUAAAGUGUCUUCUUUUGGGGCUCUGAAUCUACAGAAUUUGAGACAAGAGUCUCCAGUAGCACAAGUAAAUGUCUCAAAUAUAGAAUACAAAAAUAUUUAUGGUCUAUUAAAUGUUAUAAUAAUGAUAACAAUUUCUUGGAUACCAAUGCAGUGAUAGUUUUGGGUGGAUUUAACCAUCUGGCUGUUUUCUCUCCCUCUAACACCAUCUUCUCCAAUCUCCUGCAUUCAGCUUCUCUAACAUCUUUUUGUAAUGUGAUGAUUUUUCCCAUCCCUCACCACCUUUCUCAGCCAUUCCCCCUGGUUUUCUGUCUCCAUUCUGCUUCCUUAUCACUUCUUAAGCUCCCCUUUAAUUUGCCAACCACCAAGUUAAUCCCCCUCUUUUCUCUCUCUGAUCUCAGUCAUGCCUUUUGUUCCCCUUUCAGUUCUCAACUCACCUCCCUCAAGUUUAAAUUAUUAUUCCUGGUACAGCUGACCAUAAUAAAGAGCUGAAAGUGGUGGAAAAGUCCUGCUCAGAUCCAAAUGGAUAAAGUGUUAGGAGACAUCAUCUGUUAAAUUCAAAGUAUUCACUUCUGAGUACAUGCGAGCAGCAGGUUUUCAGUUAUAGCUUGACUGAAUGGAAGCAGAUUUUUUUCCUAUCUUCUUUCUCUCUAAUGUCUGGACCAGGAAAUUCCCUCAAAAGUAGCAGUGUAGCCGGGUGAUAAUCUUGAAAGUUUUGAAACAAACUUUUGAAGUUUAUUUGAAUCCAAUUCUGCAGUUGGAUGAAUAAGAAAUUAUAGACAAAGAAUCAGAAUUGGUGCUACCUACUACCUGUCUACAAAAUAAAACAGGCAGUAUCUAGGCACAGAAUUUCUCUGACCUUGCAGGUACCAUCCAGCAUUUGCUAGAUGAUGGCUACAUACCAAACUUACGUGUGUAAUUAUGCUGUCCUGCAGUGUUUUACAUUUUUAAGGAUGAUUCAAGCCCUGUGCACAAACCUGUACUUGAACAUGCACAUUUGAGCCUAGGAAGUGCCUAAGAAUAAUGAAUACUCAUCUGGGAAGCAAAGGCUUUAAAAAUACCUAAAUUAGACUGUAUGUUUACUAAAAUGAUGUUGCUGUUAAGCCUUUGGAUUUUUCUAAUUAUAAUCCCACUGCCGCUGGUUCUUUCUACUGUUGCUCAUACACACUUGUCAUAGCUGGAGAAAAUGUACACCUGUAUGAAUUUGCAAAAAAGAUUAUGUUGCCCCUCAGUCUUACUGACCUGGUCUGGUUUUUUGAGCAGGGUUGACUUUACCAUAAUUACUUACCAGGGUCCUAUUCCAUGUAAGCAAGGUCAGCAGAAUUUGGCCACUAUUAAUGGAAUUUCCAAAAAGAUUCGGUAUCAGAAGAUCAAUUAUUUCUGUUUAGUCUGUUUUCUUUAAUCUCUCAACAUAGACUAAAGCAAGACUAUGUAUUUUUUUUUAAUUGAGAGGAGUGUCUUGGUCAAUGUUAAGUAAGCCCACAGCGCAGAAUAUAAAUGUGUAUGUACAAGUGAUAUAAUCUAGAAUUAACUUUAUAGCUAUUAUAAAUGUUGGCAUGGGUUAAUGCAGACAUACUUUUAUAAAUUUUGCAGGUUGAAAUUAAUACAAGGGCUUAAUUUAAGAAAUUUAAUCAGAAUAAAGGCAUAGAACAACAGUUUUGCUGUGUAAAUAUAGUAUAUGCUUCCUCAUCUGCCUAAUCCAUUUGGUUAAAAAAGAUGAGCAUUUUAUUUAAGCUACUUCUCUCUGAUUUAUUUUCCAGCAAGCCUUUGAAAAUGAAAUCUUGGUCUUUAUUUUUCUUUUAAACGUGUUCUGGCUUUAAUGUUUAUGGAACACUUCUCAAGUGUUCAGACAGUGUAACACCACCUGGUCUGAUCACUGCUGCAUUAUUUGAUAGGAUUGAGUGGAAUUUCAAAGCAUGGUCUUUGGGAGAGGGUCCUUUACUGACUGUUACUGUGUUUGAUAUUUUAUACCAGAGUGGCUGCUUUACCAUGCAGUGCUGUAGGUGUGCAGUGUGAUGCUUUGAGGCACUUAUUUAAGAGAAUUUAUUUUUCAGUCGUUUUGCAGAGACCUGUUAAUUUUCCCUCAUUUGAAGCUGUACUCCCCUGACCAUGCUGCUGACAGAGCAAUGCAGUACCAAGUGCUGUUAGCACCUGCUACGAGCCCUUACUGCAGGUGGCAUGUCGAGGGUUUGUCUGAGCUCUAAGUACAUUUCCAGUUUUUAAUUAGUGUCCUUGUAGCCUCACUUGGGUUUUGUGUAGCUCACUCUUGAUGCUGGUGUGAAUGACCCCAAGGAGAGGUGGACGGGUCUGACUUUUGGGUGAACUUGCUAAAGAAGCUGCUGAUGCCCCUAUCCUUAAAAAAAAGUGAAUAAAAUACUUGGCAAGGACUUCCCAAGCUUUUGGUGUUUUCAUCCUGUACACUGAGGAUUCCGAAAUAGUUUUGGAUACUGUUUGUUUUUUUCAUGCAGUCUCAUUUCAUGUUCUCAACAGCUGAAACAUCUUAUAGUCUGUGAAUCCACUAGAGGGGAAAUAAGGAGAUCAUUAAUAUUUCAUCCUCAGAGCAAAUAAGAUGAACACAAAUUCCUUGUGUUUUCCAUUUGCAGUUUACGUGAGUUAAUAUGCAACAUACUCUUAUCCCACAUUCUGUGAUUUGGUAUUCUGAGACAAAUAGAAAACGAAUGUGAUUCCCUAUCCAGAAGAACUAUAUUGAAUUCAGGGAAUGUUUCAUGUCCAAGUAUUUUAGCUGUUCACAUACAGUGUGAGCAAGCACAAGUUAAGAUACUUGAAACAGAUACUUUUAGGGGUUUUAGUAAGGUGUGAAAAAUAAUAAUUCUUCUGUGUAAGGCCAGAUUUUAGCAUUGCAUUCAUACCCAGGUGUGUGGUAAUGUGUUGUGUGUCCUCAUUGCUGCACCUGUGAGAUUAAUGCUCAAAUGCUGUUAUCAGUGUCCGUGCUGCUCUCAAUACAAACUGGAAUUUUUUAGUCUGCAGCACCUUGCAGAGUUUACCUACUCAGAUGGAAUAUGCAAGUAUUUCUGUCUUUUGUGUGCAGAAGAGCAGCUGUCAAGUUGUGUCACCUUUAUCAAGCCUUGACAUAGAAUUUGAGAUGCCUGAGUGAUGACUCUGUCAUUCCAUCUACUUCUACAUUUUCACGUAGCAAAAUCACGUUGCCAAAAAUGAUAGCUAGUCAAUGCAGAAUAUUAAGUAACUACUUUUUUCUAUUGACAAUGAAAUAAUAUAAACUUGAUGCAGUGAUUUCUGGAAAGCAAUAAAUAUCAUGUUGUGUGGAAAUGUGCAAUGAAAGGUUGAUUUUUAUGACACUUUAUACAAUGUUGAGUCUGAAUAAAACAGCUUAUUUGCAAAAUUA